ACAUUCACAUUUUCAUAGAAAAAUAAAAACAACAAUUCAGAAUGACCGACAUUUACCGCCAAGAAGGUCGAGGAAAACAACAACAAUAUUGGGGUGGUGGUGGUGAUCAGCAACACGACCAGCACCUUUGGGGUGGCUCGUACUACGGCCAGCAGCAUCAGCAGCAGUCAUGGGCUUAUCAGGCAGCUAAAGUGAUCACCGCAGCAACAGCCGGCGGGUCACUACUCAUUCUCUCAGGACUAACUCUUGCAGGGACAGUGAUCGCACUAACCAUCGCUACGCCACUGUUGGUCAUAUUUAGCCCUGUACUAGUUCCAGCUUUGAUCACUGUGUUUACUUUGGCAACUGGGAUGUUUGCAUCAGGUGGUUUCGGUGUCGCGGCCGUUACGGUUUUGACAUGGAUGUAUAGGUACAUGACUGGUGAUCGUCCAGCUGGGGCGAAUUCGUUGGACCAGGCCACACACAAGUUGGGUUCAAAAGCUCGGGAGUUUAAGGACCGAAGUGAACACGCUAUGGGAGGAGGCGGCCACUAUGGAACCGGAGGUGGCCUUCACACCGGAGGAGCCGGAGUUGGGAUUCAUGCUGGAGCAGGAGGAGGAACAUAUUCAUCUUAGAUGAUAUAUGUAAUGAAUGCAUGUAUGGAAUAAUGUGAUCAUUAUGAAGAUGUGUUUUUAAAGCUUUUGUCAGUCUAAUGUGUGUAUUUAAUUUCCGAGUUUGUAUGUUUUGGUUUCUUUCGAUGUAAUAAUGAGGAGUGUUUUGAUGUGUAAGUUUA